AUGAAGGCCGCCACAUUAUCUGUUUUCUUGCCAGCCCUUGUAUGUGCUCAUGGAUUCGUGCAGCAGAUAUGGUUCGGGAACAAUCUUGUUGACACCUGGAACCCAUACAAAGACCCACAGAAGAACCCGCCGGUGAAUAAAAUCACGAGAAUUUUCAAGGAUAACGGGCCGGUUACCGAUGGACGCUUUACCACGGAAGAGAUCACUUGCAAUAUUGGUCGGGAUGGAGUCAACAAUAUCCCUGUCACAGCGACAGCUCAGGUAUCUGCCGGAAGCUUAAUCAAGUUCAUGUGGACAGACUGGCAGAGUGACCACCCGGGGCCAAUUCUGACUUAUCUUGCGAGUUGCAACGGUCCGUGCAGCUCUUUCUCGGGCAGCACCGGUAAUGUGUGGGUUAAGAUCGACCAUGCCGGCUAUGAUGCCAAUGAAGAAGUUCCAUGGGCAAGCAAGCGUCUCCCGACUCAGAACAGCACUUGGGAGGUUCAGCUCCCAUCAAGCAUUGCUCCUGGUGAAUACAUUUUAAGGCAUGAGAUUCUCGGUCUCCAGAGGACCAACAAGAACGGAAGUCUCGCCCAGUUCUAUCCUGGCUGUCACCAGAUCACCGUUACCGGAAGUGGUACGACGAAGCUGCCAGAAGGCAUUGCUCUACCAGGUGCUUACCAGCCUGAUGAUACGAAAUCGAUAUUUCUCGAGUACCGGGACAUUUCGGCAGCGAACCCUUACACUCCUCCUGGGGGCCCUGUUUGGGGCGAUGGUGGUUGGAAGUCGUAG